AAACAGGAUGGGUUUAGAGAGAGAAAAUAUAUAGAGAGAAGAAAAAAAGCCAUUAAAUUUGCAGAGAAAGAGAGAGAAACACUCAAGAGUUAUAGCGAUCUCUUCAACUUAUACUCUCUUCCUUCUCAUUCUCGGUGAAAGCAAAACCCUAAUGUUCAUUAACAUCCUUAAAUAAGUUUGACUGGUGAGCCUAUUGACUGAGCAUCACUUUGUGUUUUGGUUCUUGGAUUUUUUUUUUUUAAAGUUUAGUAUGAAUCUAUUGAUAACUUUUAGAGUUGAAAUAUAUUGAGAGGAAGUGAUUAAAUCCAAGAUAAGAGAGAGAGUCUUUAUUCAAUGUCGACUCAAAGAUUGCGAUCUGAUCCUCUUGUUGGCCUGAGAAAUCACGGCCAAGGAUUCAAAUUGCCAUCUGCGGCCAAGUUCCAGAGUGGGCACUUGCCAUCUAAGGUUAUUCCGGUGGCACGGGCUGUACCCGUCAGCAGCAAUGAUAAUGGGUCAGGAUCGGACAUGGACGUAUGUAGUGAUUCUGAUGAUGAGGUUUAUGGCGCACAGAAUUCAUUGGGCAGGCAUGGUAAUAAUGCCAAUGCCUCGGUUCACUCUGAAUUCAGUUGGUCUAGGGAUGCAAUUCACCGGGAAAAAGGGCAUAACAGGAGUAACAGUGGCAGUGUACAUUACCAGGGAGCAUAUACUAAUGUGAAGACAGCUCCCAAACAGGAAAUUGAUCAAGUUCCUGAGAAACUUUUAUAUGGCAGAGCAGAGAGUGCACCUUCCUCUGUAAGUUCAAAUGGUUUGACAACUACAGAUGAACCUACUGCAACCAUAAGUGUGCCCUCAGGAGCUUCUGCACAUCAUAGUACCUCAUCUGUAAGGACUGCUGGUGUUGGAGCUGCUACAUCUAACAGCCCUGUUCCAACUUGCUCUCCCACAUUUCAUGCGAGUGGAUUAGGUCCUUGGUGUGCUGUGAUUUCUUAUGAUGCAUGUGUUCGGCUAUGUCUUCACUCAUGGGCCAGGGGUUGCAUGGAUGCUCCCAUCUUCUUAGAAAACGAAUGUGCACUGUUGCGUAAUGCAUUUGGAUUGCAACAAGUACUGUUACAACCGGAAGAAGAAUUAUUAAGGAAAAUAUCUCCAGAUUUAGUCAGUGAGGGAGCCACUCUAAAACCUAAGAAAACCUUUGGCAAAAUGAAAGUGCAAGUGCGAAAAGUGAAAAUGGAGAUAGAUGCGCCCAUAGCCUGCAGUUUCCCAUCUUUAAAACCGGAAUCACUUCAGAUUCAGAUUUCCAAAAUAAAAUCAACUUGCUCUUCUGGUUGGGGAGCUUUAAAGAAAGUUCGUGUUGCCACUCGCAUUCCUGCAAAUGGCUCUUUUUCACGUCGAAGUUUGGCAUAUAUGCAUGCUGGAAGUCAGUAUAUGAAAGAGGUGUCUGGGCUCCUAAAAGUUGGUGUGACUAGUUUGCGCAAUAGUUCAUCAUCCUACGAAGUAGUGCAAGAGACAUAUUCUUGUUUGUUGAGAUUGAAAAGUUCGGCUGAAGAGGAGAAAAUUCGAAUGCAGCCUGGACCUGAAACCCAUAUAUUCCUGCCAGAUGGAAUUGGAGAUGAUCUGAUUAUUGAAGUCCAUGAUUCUAAGGGGAAGUAUUGUGGUCAUGUCAUAGCUCAGGUGGCUGCCAUUGCUGAUGACCCGGGUGACAAGCUUCGUUGGUGGUCCAUAUAUCAUGAGCCAGAGCAUGAACUUGUUGGAAGAAUGCAAUUGUACAUAAGCUAUUCAACUAGUCCAGAUGAGAAUGGUCAUCUCAAAUGUGGUUCCGUUGCAGAAACUCUGGCUUAUGACAUGGUUUUGGAGGUUGCAAUGAAGGUACAGUGUUUUCAGCAAAGAAAUCUGUUGCUGCACAGUCCGUGGAAGUGGUUGGUGGAUGAAUUCGCAACCUAUUAUGGAGUUUCAGAUGCAUACACCAAGCUAAGAUAUCUUUCAUAUGUUAUGGAUGUGGCUACACCAACCGCAGAUUGUCUGUUCUUGGUUCAUGAGUUGCUAUUACCUGUAGUUAUGAAAGGUGAUUUUAAGCACACAUUGAGUCAUCAAGAGAAUCGCAUCUUGGGAGAAGUCUUUGAUCGAUUAGAGCAGAUUCUUGCUUUGGUUUUUGAGAAUUACAAGUCACUGGAUGAAUCAUCAGCGUCAGGAAUGGUGGAUGUUUUCAGGCCUGCAACUGGAGUGGCUGCUCCUGCUCUGGAACCAGCUUUAAAGCUGUACAGUCUUCUGCAUGAUAUACUUUCUUCCGAGGCACAGAGGAAACUCUGCGGAUAUUUUCAGAAUGCUGCAAAAAAGAGGUCCAGGAGGCACUUGGCUGAAACAGAUGAAUUUGUUUCGAACAAUAAUGAGAGUAUAUUGACGGAUCCAGUGACUCUUUCUACGGCCUACCAGAAAAUGAAAUCUCUUUGUUUAAGUAUUAAAAACGAAAUAUCCAGAGACAUAGAAAUCCACAAUCAGCAAUUGCUCCCCAGUUUCAUCGACCUUCCAAAUCUUUCUUCAUCAAUAUAUAGCGCGGAGCUUUGCAGUAGAUUGCGUGCAUGCUUUGUUGCAUGUCCUCCUGCUGGCCCCUCACCUCCCGUAUCAGAACUCCUUAUUGCGACAGCCGAUUUCCAAAAGGAUCUUGCUUACUGGAAUAUUAGCCCCAUCAAAGGCGGAGUUGAUGCAAAAGAAUUGUUCCACUUACAUAUAGUUCGCUGGAUUCAAGACAAGCGUCUUGCUUUGCUUGAAUCGUGCAAGCUUGAUACGGUAAAGUUGUCCGGCAUCAAAACAAAGUAUUCCACAACUCCUUUUAUUGAUGAUACGUACAAUCUGCUGAAGGAAGCACUGAAUGAAUUUGAAUUCAUUAUUUGUCGCUGGCCAGAAUAUACUUUCCUUUUGGAGAAUGCUUUAGUAGAUUUUGAGAAGGCAGUAGUGGAAACUUUGGACAAGCAAUAUGCUGAAGUUCUAUCCCCGUUGAAGGAAAAUCUGGCACCCAUUAAAUUUGGCCUAAAGUAUGUCCAAAAAAUUGCCAAAACCAAUCUAUGCCAUUAUACUGUCCCUGAUGAGCUGGGAAUUCUUUUGAAUUCCAUGAAAAGGAUGCUUGACGUGCUGCUACCAAAAGUAGAAGCACGGUUGAAAUCAUGGGGUUCUUGCAUUGCCAAUGGUGGAAACACAGUCCCAGGUGAGCUUCUGAGUGAAGUAAUAGUGAUGCUGAGGACCAAAUUCAGAAACUACCUGCAAGCAAUCAUGGAGAAACUUGCAGAAAAUACAAGGGUGCAGAGUGGAACAAAAUUGAAAAAGAUAAUCCAAGACACAAAAGAAUGUGCUGUAGAAUCAGAUAUAAGAAGUAGAAUGCAGCCUCUAAAGGAUAUACUGGCAAAGACAGUCGAUCACCUCCAUACUGUCUUUGAAACUCAUGUGUUUAUAAUUGUCUGUCGAGGUUUCUGGGAUCAGAUGGGACAGGAUGUGCUAAGGUUUCUGGAGAACAGGAAAGAUAACAGAACCUGGUAUAAAAGCUCGAGAGUUGCAGUGUCUAUUAUAGAUGACACAUUUGCAUCACAAAUGCAACAACUACUUGGAAAUGCACUACAGGAGAAAGACCUGGAGCCACCCAGGUCUAUAAUGCAAGUGCGCUCCAUGCUGUGUAACGAUGCCACAAACCACAAGGACAACAAUUACUAUUACUAGAACUGUAAUUAUCUGUACAUAGGAGAGUCUGAAGAGGCACUUCAAUUUUUUCAUACUUCUCAAUUAAAGAAAGAAUCAAGCAACCGGGUUUUGCCACAUUCGAUAGAAAUUCCAGCUCUCGGAAGUGGGACGUCUGAGCAAAGGAGACAUUGAUAUAGCAAAUUUGGACAGCAGAGACUCACAGAGAAUGUUCCCUCAAUUUUGUUCUGGUAGAGCAACACGGCUUGUGACAAGGUUAUUACGUGGCCUUCGUGUUGGUUCUUUGAUUUUCCUUUUUGUUGUAAUGAGAAGUUUAAUUAUUGAAAUUUGUUGCUUCCAUAACUUAUAUAAUUUUGAUUGGUUUUGUAUUUAUAUAUAAUGGUGUAAUAAUUGUUUAGCCUUACUGAGAGGCAGGGCUUUUCUUAAAAAAAAAAAGUUGUAUGCUGUCUUACUCGUAUAAAUCAGUAGAGAAGAAAAUGAUAUUUGUUUUGUU